AUUUAUUUCAUUUAAUGUUUACAUUUGGGAAAGUGGGUUGAUGUCGGUACAUGUUGUGCAUUUAAAUAAGGAUAGUCACCAACUUUUCACUCCGAUUCAGACUAGGUUAAUGGAAUUUUCAGUUUCUCAUGCCCAUGGUGUGUAGUCCAGCUAAACAAAAGACAAUAUGUCAACAACCACAGCAGAUUCUACAGAAAUGGAUCUACCACUCUCUGCUAAUAUAGGUCUUGUCAAACUGAAUCACUUUUUAUUGGAUCUUGAGUGUAAUAUGGAAUCUAGAAAACUGUUUGGAACCAUCACUUUAUUUUGCUCCUUCAAUUACCUCAGUAACCAUCGGUCUUGUGAACCCAUUGAAGCAUCUAAUUUACAGUCAACAGGUAAUGACCUAACUUCUCUUGAACCAUCCCGUCAAGCCUUGUCUUCCAUUCACGGAAAUCUUGUUAUUACAUUAGACAGUUUUGGUAUCAGCAUAUCAUCAGUGGAAGAAGUCUCACCAAGUCUGGAGUUAGAAAACCAGAUGAGAACCGGAUCUCGAACUAGUGCUGGUGAGGAAGAUGGUGCGUUUGUUCAGUGUUCCAGAGUUCCCGGACGUGAGGUGCAGUUUGAAAUGGCUAAACACUGUGUGAGAAUCACAGGUCUGUCACCCACACAACGAGGGAUGUGUGUUGUCAGAAUACACUAUAGUACAUUACCUGAAGGACCAUCACUCAAGUGGACACUGGACCAAGAUGGAAACCCAUGUGUGUUCACAAUAGGUCACUGGUUGAAUAACCGCAGUUGGUUUCCCAGCCAGGAUGCCCCGAGUGUUCUCACAAUGUGGCAGGCUCGAAUCACGGUCCCGGCAAACUGCACUGUGCUGAUGAGUGGGGACAGGAAGCCGGCUGUUUCUGUUCAUUCUCAAGGUAAAUCAAUCUUUUAUUUCUAUACAACAAUGCCUAUGCCUACCUCAACACUGGCCCUGGCUGUUGGUUGCUGGAAGGAAGUGACCAUCACUGGUGAAAGUUCCAUAAUGUGUUCAGAACAAACAAGUUCACAGUAUCUGUGUACUAUCCAUGGAGAAGACUGCCAGACAAACUUUUCCAACGAGCAGGUUUUACCUUGUCGCCUGUUCGCACCUUCAUGUGUGCUGUCUGCUGCACUGUCAGAACUUGAACAUUAUGUUCCAUCUUGUAUGAAGCAGGUGUAUCAAAUUCUGGGUUAUCACCCCUUCCAGCGACUGGACAUCCUGAUUGUCCCCCCUUGUUUUGACAGUCUGGGGAUGAUGAGCCCAAGUUUGUUGUUCCUGGCCCAAUCCCUGCUAGCUGGAGAUCAAAGUAUGUGUGCCAGGGUGGCCCAUGAGAUAUGUCACUCGUGGUUUGGCCUGCUGAUAGGUCCUAAGGACUGGACGGAAGAGUGGCUCACUGAAGGAUUCUGCACGUACCUGGAGGAUAUUCUACAUGCUCAUGUCAUGGGUUGGCAGAAAGACGUCAUGUCGGACCACCUGUCACUGAGAUGUCUGUUGAAGGAGAGAACGUUGAGAGCUGAGGUAGAGAACACUGAGGAGAGUCUGCAGACACUGCGGCCAAACAAGGGAGAAGAAGCAUUACCACCAGAUGACACCACUGGUAUACAGUACGUUAAGAAUGGAAUGAAUCCCAAUAAAGCAUUUAUGCAGGUUCAUUAUCUUAAGGGAUUCUUUCUGUUGAGAUUCCUGGAAAGUGUUGUUGGAGUUGAUGGAUUUCUGGAAUUUCUUAAAGAAUAUGUCACCCAGUUUCAUGGACAGCUUGUCUCUUCACAGGACUUCUUUGAUCUGUUAUUUUCACUGUGCCUUGAUUUAAGACAGCAAGAUUUGACUAAAGAACAGUUGUUUGAGGACUGGCUAGACUGUGCAGGGAUGCCUAAGUCGCUGGACAAUUUAAAUAUAACCGAAAAAAAUAACAUACUUCUGCAAGAGGUCAAUGCCCAGGUUGUGGAGAUCCGUGCAAGCUGCAGACAGUCACCACGGCGUGUACACAAGAAGAGAAAGUGUUCUACAGACGACGGUCUUCAUUUCAGAAAGUUUGACCCAGAUCAGGUGGUUUUGCUACUGGACGUGCUGCUAGACGAAGAUGCUGUUCCCAAUUCCGUUCUAGAGGCUCUACGCAUCCACUACUCUCUACAGACGGCAAAUGCUGAGGUAAGACAUCGAUGGUGCGAGUUGGUGGUUCGUGAAAAGGCUCUCAAGUACUACGACGAUGUUCGAUCUUUUCUUGUCAAAGAUCAGGCGAUGGGUGUCUACCUGUACGGAGAGAUGGUCAUAUCGGGCUGUGCCAAGCAGAAACACAUUGCCGUGGAGUGUUUUCAGCUACUGAGACAAGACAUGCCAGAGGGGGUGAUAAAAACAGUCCACUGUAUGCUGUAUGGUGAUUAAAUGCAGUGGACUCACUUGUACGUUUGUCAUCUCGCAGAAACAGGCGUGCAGACGAUUGUCGACUUUGGGAGUUCUUGGUGCUUUGGAAUCAAAAAUAAUUAAUGCAAAAAGGAGUAAUAAGGAAGAGAAUGUUUUCGUCGAUCAAUUGAAGAAAAACACACAUAUUUGAGAAUAUAAUUUGAGGGUACGUAAUAAAAACAAAAGAGAUCAUAAGUGUCCUUACUAGGUGUCUACGUCGUUUAAAUAUUUUGAAAUUGGACACUCAAUUUCAUGUAGUUUGACAAAUUUCAAACAACAGUUCUCUAACUAUAAUCUUUUAAAAAUUGUAAAAUUGUAUCCAUUAAUUUUAGGUAUCCUAAGAUUUUAGGGUACAUAUUUUACCCCUCAUACCCUCUGGCAGAGACCUUGACUGUUGGAAUUGUGAAACCAGUAUUUUCGCAAUACUGGAAUUAAGAACUAAUGAACAAAAUAGUGGACGGCGACUUCAUAUUAAUAAACAAUGAUUUGAUGAAACCUGA